UAUGAUAUAUCUGUUUAGGGAUUUGAUGGGAAGAAGACGGCGAUUUGCACUGACAACAUCACAGAUGUUACUCUGAAGGACAUGGUUGCAGAAUCACAAGACUUUUCCAACUUUGUGGGAGCUUUUGUCUGCCAAUCCACCAUCAUCCCAUCAGACAGCAAGGGCUUCAGAACUGCCCUGGCCCUGCAGUCCAACAGCCUUGCUGACAUGUUUUUAGGAGCUACUGCGGAAACAAUGCUGGAAAACAUCAGCAUCAAGGCAGAUAUGUUUCCUCCCUCUCCAAGCAAAUUACCAGAUGUGCAUUUCUUUUACAAGUCUUCAACAGUGACAACCUCCUGUGAAAAUGGCCGUGCAACUGUCGUGACAAUGAGAUGCAACCCCAACAAACCAGACCAAGGAGAGCUCUCUGUGCCCAGCUCCUGCCCUGCAGGCACCUGCGAUGGAUGCACUUUCUACUUCUUGUGGGAAAGUGCAGAAGCUUGUCCUCUCUGCACAGAGCAGGACUACCACGAGAUUGAGGGAGCCUGCAAAAAAGGAUUUCAGGAGACCUUGUAUGUAUGGAAUGAGCCAAAGCACUGCAUUAAAGGGGUUCCCUUGCCAGAGAAAAGGACCAGCACCUGUGAAACUGUGGAUUUUUGGCUGAAAGUGGGAGCUGGUGUUGGUGCUUUCACAGCUGUUCUGCUCAUAGCCUUGACUUGCUACUUUUGGAAGAAGAACCAGAAGCUGGAGUACAAGUAUUCCAAAUUAGUGAUGACAGCGAACUCCAAGGAGUGUGAGCUGCCAGCUGCUGACAGCUGUGCCAUCAUGGAAGGGGAGGACAAUGAAGAAGAGGUCGUGUAUUCAAACAAGCAGUCCCUGCUGGGGAAGCUCAAGUCCUUGGCAACAAAG